AUCGCAUCUGGACCGAUCGCCGACGGGCUCUGAUUGAUUCACCGUCCCUCUGGCAUCUCUCCGGCAUCUCAACAGUGCAGGAUCGUUCUCAGUGCGGCGAGGGAGCACUUCAUCUUCAAGUCGCCGCUUGACGCAGCUCGACCCGCCUCAUCCACGACGGGAACUUGACCGCUACGACUCAACGAUUAAUCCACCAUCGCCAUCCCAUCCCAUCCAUCUUUCCUCGAAUAAUACCAUCCACCAUGGAUCCCCUCGCAGAGUCCAAGGACGCCGGCACCCAGACCACCACGGCCCCCAUCACGAACCCCCUCAUGCCCCCGGCCAAGCAACAGCGCAUCCUCAUCUGGCGCACUGAAGUCGCCUCGGCCCUCUCGCUCCCGACCCCGUCGCUGGCCUCGUCGCGCUCCUCCUCAUCGGCAGCCUCCUCCUCCGCCGCCGCCAGCCCUGGUCCCGGCCCCGCCCCCUCACGACCCCGCGGUUUCUGGAAGCGCCUCAGCUGGCGCCUCUCCCGCCAUCAUCGCGACGGCUCCUCUGUUUCGCCAGGUGCUGAGCCGACGGCCAUGUACCGCGAGGACAGGCCCCAGCAGGCCACCGCCGGGCGCGAUGCCCACGACGAUGACGGCGUGGCACUACCCGAUAAGAUCAGUGACGAAGGUGCUGGCAACGGUCUACGGAAUAGACAGGAGAGGCUGGAACGGGCGGCGAGGCUGCUCAACCGAGGCGUGAGGGAGGACGAGGGCGCGGCCGUCAUCAACGCGCAGCGCAGUCGCAACGGCCAGCAUGCUGUGGCAUAGCAUCCGUAGAUGCAACGCUACUCGACCCCUCGCUUCCUAUUCCGCUUACGAGGAGCCUGGACGCGGCUAUAAUUAUAAUAACUAACCCUGGCCUGGUUGGGGUAUGCCGACAUGUGUCAUGAUAGCAUUUAUUGUUCAUUAAUCGACGUCUUUACAAAUAGACACUGAGCACUCGUGACGAAAUCGCUCCGUUUUCUCAACCCUCCCCAACUCCGUCU